ACCCCUUGGGAGGGUGAGGUCAGUAAGGAGGGGUGUUGCUAGGUGUGUGUAGGGGUGUGUGACAUGGGGUGUAACACACGAGGAGGUGAGAAUUGAGUGGUGGUUGGCGAUGGCGUGUUCGGGUGAAUUGGGGGCUGAUGCGUGGCUUACUACCGUCCAAGUGAGCAGGGCGAGUGUAAGCCAGGUGGUGGCGAAGCUGCGAUCGGCGGCUGCCGAAACGAUUGUUCCGUCGUUCUCGUGGAUCCUGAGUCAGCGGCAGUGUUUACUGGAGACCACAUGGGGGUUGGAGGAGGAGCCGCCCCCCCAUCUGUGUGCGUUUAUAGACUGGCCACGAUUGGACGACUACGAGGAGCUUGAGGAGGGGCAAGAUCUUUGUGCUACGCUGGAGGACCGCUGCUAUGAUGAUGACGGCAACAUCAUGGGAGACGCUAACAACAUCAACCCUAUCGCCGAAGAUGCUAUCAACGUCGACUGUAAAAACAACCACAAUCUCACCACUGUUGCUCUCAUCAACGCCGUCAACAGCAACGACAACAACAACAACGACAUCAGUAACGACGACAACAACAACAACAACAACAACAACAACAACAACAACAACAACAACAACAACAACAACAAUAACAACAAUAAUAAUAAUGGCGAAGACGGUGAUCUUCGUGAAGAUGACUGUGAUGUUCGCAUCCAAGUCAUCCAGGUUGUCAACAAUGACGACAAUAUUGCUGACAACAAUUGCAACAUCGAUUCAGACGGGGGCAAUCGCAGGGAGUGGCAGGCUUCUCCCACGAUUCUUGCCAUGUUCGGAAGAGGUAGGCCUCUUGGGGAGGGGAUGGUUUUGCGCAUAUUCAUGUGUAUCUGGCGCUGCUCGUGCGGGCGAAAUAGCAUUGCGGUGCUUCCAUGGGAUGCGGGUGGGAGGGAAGCAGGGUGGGGAAGAGGCCUGGAUCUUCGUCUUCCCGAUCGUGAGGGAGGAGGAGGAGGAGGAGGAGGAGGAGGAGGAGGAGGAGCUUGCUCAUACCACUUCCUGCGCUAGCUUACUCAUAUCGAAAAGAUCAAAGCGGAUCAGCACUUAUUACUGACACGGAACAAAAAAGACCUCCGACU